CUUGCGACUUGUUUAGGGAAGCCCACGCUCUAAACAAAACAACCAUACAUACAACAAACACUCUCUUCCUCGCACACACCGAUCCCUUUCUCGCCGUUGAGCUGCCUGAGAUAUCAUAUUCAUAUCUUCUUCAACAAGAAAAAUCACACAUCAAAAUAAUGUUAAUGUUCUUCCCUAAAACUUACCUCCAUUAUUAUCUUCAUCAAUCUUUCUUCAAAUGCUCAUUCUUUCUCAAACCUCAGAUAUAGAUUUCUCCUUCAACAAUCACACACAGUUUAUCUUCCCAUAAAUCAUCCUUCGAUUUUCUUCAGCGAACAUUUUUUUACUACCGAGGUACCUGCUAAGGCGGUUUCCGGUAGCUCACGCGGCAUAAAAUUUGGUUCAAUUUUCGAUAUAAAAAGACUUUUGAUGUUUGGAAAUAUUAGAAGGGCCGCAAAUUCCAUAUCAAAAACCCGUGGCAGCAGCUAUUGUGGUUUCAAAAGGGAUGGAACAUGUCCCCUCUUCCAGCCAUGUUUACCACAAUAUAGAUUGUAUUCACAAUUCAGGCACAAUCAUGGAGGAUAUACACCCAAUAGUUUGUAUAAACAUCCACAAUUCACUUACAAGAGUGGCUAUCCAAGGAACUAUACUGUCAUGUAUGCAAAUAACACCAUGGCACAUCAUGCUCAAAAUGCUUGGAAAAGAAUUUCAAAGAUGCGUUCUUCCCAAGGUUCAGGAAUCCCUGCCUUAAGCAGGGCUGCUCAAGUAUUCAGCAUAGCCUCAACCAGAUCUCACCUUUUGGUGCCCGGUAUUUUCACCUUAAUAUUUGGAGAGCUAGCGCUAACCCAAACAGCAUCUGCUGAGUCAGAGUAUCUCCCCUCAAGAAACGCUGUUUAUAUGCGGGCACAAGAUGGGCAUGCCUACAUGAGCAGGUUUCUUUUGGACAUACUAGAGGUUCUUAUUUUGAUGCUAAGAGCUAUUUAUCUGGCAAUACUAUUCUCACCCAGCAUAGCCAUGGCUCCAUUUGCAGAUAGUUUUGGACCUCAAUUCAGAACUUUUUGGCUCCAGGUUGUGCAUCGUUCUCUGGAAAGAGCCGGUCCUGCAUUUAUAAAAUGGGGGCAAUGGGCAGCUACACGACCAGAUCUAUUCCCAAGAGAUUUAUGUUCUGAGCUUGCAAAGCUUCAUUCUAAAGCUCCACAACACAGCUUUGCUUAUACGAAAAAAACUGUGGAACAAGCCUUUGGUCGUAAAAUUUCUGAAAUUUUUGAGAGUUUUGAUGAGAAGCCUGUUGCAUCUGGGAGUAUUGCACAGGUGCACCGAGCUGUUCUCCGCUUCCGACAUCCUGGUCAAAAGACCAAGCCCACUGAAGUUGCAGUGAAGGUUAGGCAUCCAGGAGUUGGUGACUCUAUCAGGAGAGACUUCGUUAUUAUUAACACAGUCGCAAAAGUAUCCACACUUGUCCCAACUCUGAAAUGGUUGAGAUUAGAUGAAAGUGUCCAGCAAUUUGCAGUUUUUAUGAUGUCACAAGUCGAUCUUUCCAGGGAAGCUGCCAAUCUUAAUCGGUUUAUAUACAACUUCAGGAGAUGGAGGGAUGUAUCUUUUCCAAAACCUCUCUAUCCACUCGUGCAUCCUGCAGUUCUGGUAGAAACUUUUGAGCACGGAGAAAGUGUGGCACAUUAUGUUGAUGGAUUUGACGGGCAUGAACGCUUUAAAACAGCGUUGGCUCACCUUGGCACCCAUGCUCUUCUAAAGAUGCUAUUGGUGGAUAACUUCAUUCAUGCAGACAUGCAUCCUGGAAAUAUUCUUGUCCGACUGAAACCUGGCAAGCGUAAGGGGGGAUUGAAAUCGAAGCCUCAUGUUAUUUUUAUUGAUGUAGGCAUGACUGCUGAGCUCGCCAAAAAUGACCGUGUAACUCUGCUGGAGUUCUUUAAGGCUGUUGCUCGACGAGAUGGCCGCACUGUAGCUGAGUGCACUCUCCAACUAUCAAAGCAGCAGAACUGUCCGAAUCCAGAUGCAUUUAUUCAGGAGGUAAAAAAGUCUUUCGAUUUCUGGGCUACUCCAGAAGGUGAUUUGGUUCAUCCAGCAGAUGCCAUGCAACAGUUACUUGAGCAAGUUAGGCGUCACAAGGUGAACAUUGAUGGCAAUGUUUGCACUGUAAUUGUGACUACUUUGGUUCUUGAGGGUUGGCAGCGGAAGCUUGAUCCAGAUUAUAAUGUGAUGAACACGCUUCAAACGUUGUUAUUUAAAGCUGAUUGGGCAAAAUCUCUUUCAUACACUAUUGAGGGGCUUAUGGCUCCAUAGUAUUGUACUUUGUGCUACUAAUUAGCUGCUGCUAAAACGAAAUUUUGACGGCUCAAAUACUACAUAGUUUCUGGGUGGAAUAAGCUCGAGUAGCGUAGGUUACGUAACUACAUUCGAUCAUCUUUCUUUUGUCUUCUUCAAUCUUGAUCCCAUACAUAAGCUUUUUUGUUUUGAAUUUUGAUGUUCAUCGAGUGAUAUAGAGUAGCAACUGUAAUAGUUGCCCGGGAAAUGGGCUUCUAGAUUAACAUCUAUUUCGGCUGUAUAUAUUCAGAUACAUUUUUGUAUUAACCCUCUCUGUGCAUCAGAGUUAUCAACAACAGAAAGUUGUCAAUUCGUCGAUUUUUUCAAUUAGAAAGUUGUCUAUUGACGUUUUCAA